ACCUCUACUGACGGUGGCGGCUGGAAUUCACGCACACCUACUCUCACAAGCACUCAUUGACUUUGGAUGGGGGGAGGAGGUGGGGAUGCUGGAGUUGGAGGAGGAGGAGGGAGAGGAGGAGGUAGAAGGGACACUCGGUGAGGAGGACUGUGGGAAAAGGAGCGUGCCAUAAGAAACAGAAGAGGUGAGGGUGUCCCCGCGUGUCCAUGUCUCCGGCACCGUUCCCGGCUUCUUUCCUUCAUCGAGAGCCAACAUCCAGCCUCCAGUCCUACAUCUGGAUUAAAGUCAGCGGGAUUACCGCCCGGACUCUGCACUCAUUGUUCCACGCCGCCACAUUUGAACGGUGGGCAAAGUUGGACCUCCGUGGACAGCAGGGAUGGCGAGAAACACUUCGCAUCUUUCUGUGAUUUUAAAAGCGUCCUAGCAUCUACAAUGAUUUCGUUUUUCUUCAGCGAGAGUGUUCCGCCUCUCGAAACUAUCUAAUCGAAUCGUCUCUGUAAUCGUCUCCUCAAGUGGUUACUUAUUUCUCCGAUAUUCGUCACUUUGGAAUUGCUUAUUUGGUUGCAUGUUCGAAGGUGAAUGGAAACACCAGAGCCAGACCAGCAAAGGGGGCACUGAGAAGGAAGGAAGGCGCCCCCCUCCAAAAGCUGUGAGGGGGGUGGAAGAUGGCAGCUCUCGCCAGCACUCUCAUCAGACAGAAACGGGCAGUCAAAGAAGACCAUGCCAACCGACCAGUCGCCAACAAGCGCCGGCCUUGUCCUAAAAGCAACAAGUCUUUGUGCCAGAAACAGAUUUUGGUCCUGAUCUCCAAAGUACGUCUGUGUGGAGGUCGGAAAAGUCAAAUUGAAAAGAAACCGGAACCACAGCUGAAAGGCAUCGUUACACGGCUGUACAGCCAACAUGGAUACUACCUGCAGAUGCAGCCUGACGGCACCAUGGACAGCACAAGGGAUGAAAGCAGCACAUUUUCACAGUUUAACCUGAUUCCAGUGGGACUGCGGAUCGUGGCCAUUCAGGGCUCAAAGACAGGCUUCUACCUGGCCAUGAACAGUGACGGAUAUCUCUACACGUCGGAAAACUUCACUCCUGAAUGUAGAUUCAAGGAAAGCGUGUUUGAGAACUACUACGUUACGUAUUCCUCCAUGCUGUAUCGUCAGACCCAGUCAGGACGGUCCUGGUACAUUGGUAUCAAUCGUGACGGCCAAGUCAUGAAGGGCAACAGGGUGAAGAAGACAAAGGGAGCGGCGCACUUCCUGCCCAAAGUUAUAGAUGUUGCAAUGUAUAAGGAGCCGUCACUACAUGAGCUCAACACUGAACCAGUAAGCCCUCCUCGGAAAACAAUCAAGACGUCCGAUUCACCUUCUCCCAAGAAUGGACAUAAAGAAGGUCCCAAGGCCGAUGCUUCAUAGCAGAGGAGAAUGAGGGUGGGACAACAAGAUGGCAGUAGGGACACUGACAACAUCCAGUCACUCACUCUACUACGACAAGGUCAAGGGAAUGCCUCCUGUGGGCCACCGUAAUCCAGAAGUGCACUGCGGGAUGCUAAGUGUCAAAGGGUCAGCGUCCACCAGCAGUCCACAAAGGCUGAGAGUGGAGUCCACCCUCAUUAGUCAUAGAAAGAAAUCCCAGAAAUCCUUUCACUUUUUGCUACUCUUUUUUGUUUUUAAAGUCUUUUACCCUUUUUCUGAGCAAUAUACUCAUAUUUCUGCUUCACUUCUCCUUACCGGACCACUGACAACAUCAGCUUUUUUGAAACAUCAACCAAAUGUCUCAUCCUGAAUCCCAGUAUAUUCAUCACCGGUGCAUUUCCCCAGCGUUGACUUGACCGUCAUCUUAACCUCUGGGGCCUGUUUUUUUUUUAGACAUUAAGGUGGCAUCACUGUGGCACAGCCAGCCUUCCAGAUACCACAUGCCAAGCAGCUCAGCAAUUCAUGAAGGUCGGCUAAAGCUCAAAGUGAGAUUAAUCAGCUCAGAGAGGAAAAAAUCUACUGGAAUCCCAGGUCAGGCCAUCGAAGGAGCAAAAUGGGUGUUUGGGAUGACAUGGAUAAAACCCAUUUGAUUACAAAGAAUACAAUAAUGUUUAGUAAGUAUUUGAAAGCAAAAAUUGAAAUGACAGCUAAGUUAUAAGUGGCAUUGACCGAACUUCAGAGUGUGCUAACCCAAAACAGAGUCUUGCUUGCACACUUCAAAAUCAUUUGUUCCAGGGUGGAACAUUUUAAACUCUUAACCUAGGCUAUUAUUGAAAGGUAUCAAAAAGCAAUGGCAUAUCAUAAGCAAAAAAUAUUCCCUUUUUUUUUUUUUUUUUUUUUUUUACAGCACUGUGAAUGACUGAGAGAGAACCACUCGCUCCUGUACCAAAUUGCCCCGUAGUAACAUGGAACCAUCUCAUUAAAGGCAGCACAGGAAGAAGUGGGUCAGGUUUUAAAGACCGGUGUGGGUCUGAAUUACAGCGAGUACUUCACUCAACAUCUGCUGUCAGCAUGAAGGCAGGUUUAAAGCCAAGCAUCAAAAAGAAAAGGAGCCUCCCAGCUGGGGCACUUGCUAAUCUGAGGAUAUCAGCAAGCUUAACCACUCAGGUCUGAGUGUGGUUGCAUUUUAAGCAUCGCAUACACGGGGGCUCGGUGCAGCGUGGGCGAGAGAGGGCGCAGUCUCAGAGGUUAAAUAGAGAUGCAUCACAUGUUGGGGCGUCUGCAGCAGAUGGGACAGAGCAGUGUUUUCAAUGGUCAGGAAAUGGGGGAAAAUUCUAUUUUAAGCACUUUUGGGAGUGAGAUACAGUUCCUGGAUGGCUCCAUAUGUGAUUCUAAUAUGCAUCAAAGUCAAAUGUAAUGUUUACUUUAAUUAUAACCCAGAAGAAUCAGAAGACCUUUUUGAGUCAAGGUUUGGAAAAUUUUUAAAAUGUUGGGGAAAUUGGGGUGGCAGUUGUGGCUUGGCGGUUAAGCAAGCGGAUUUGGUUCAGAAGGUUUAAGGUUCGAGUCCACCAGCUGCCAAGUUGACACUGAGGUGAUCUGACCAUGGCACCACCUGCUCACUUUGGUGAUGGGUUAAAAGCAGAGGUCACAUUCCGUUGUGUGCAUUAGUGUGCCGUGUCACAACGACAAAUAAUAAUUCACUUUGGCUGAAAUGAUGGUUGGUUUCUCCCUAAAUGAACCUUGGACUUAGCUGUAAAGUGUUUGAAUUAUACUUCCUGCAAUUUAAAAAACAAAAUCAAAAACAUAUGGUAAUGUAUUUAUUUCGGAGCUCAUGAUAAAUCCAAAUCCUCAAAAUCAAAAGUAAUAUAUAAAAUGUAGUAAUUGUAACUGUUGUGUCAUUGAUGAUAUUGGUUUCUCAUCAAAAGGCAAUCUCUUUGACAGAUCUGUUCUAUAAUUAUUAAUUGUGGAUUCUAAAUACAAGCUGUCAGUACUGUGAGUGCUACUGGGUAACUCAAAGGGCGUUUAGGUAAAAUUAAUUUCAGCAAUUUUUUUCCUUUGGGUAAAUAUCUAAUAGAACCAAAACAAAACUGCUUGCUUGCUGUGUCAGGUGGAUCACUGCUGGGGCUCCUGGAAGAGUUUUUAAAGGAGCUUAACUGGAACGAGGUGCUUCGGUGAUGGUGUCUAGAGGGUAACAGAAAUGUGAAGAUGGGUUACGGAAAGGUGAAACAGAGGUCAUGAGGAUGCUCUGUGCACUGUGGGUAAAAGUACGUCAGAAGCUCGGCGCUAAGGAUGUGAAAAGGUGCGUGCGUGUGUGUGUACGUACAGGCAGUUAUUUGGGAAGUGCGAGGGAUUAGCAUGUGUUUUCUCAGGGGACGCUGAUAAAGAAUUUCUGCUGUAAAGCAAGUGAGAGUUUAAGGAAGCAGAAGGAUGGGAUAAUGAAUGUGUUACAAAGAGGGAUGUAAGACACCGUGGGUUCUUCGUGACAGGAAGUGUAUGGAGGAAUUAUUUUUUCAGAUUUUUUUUUUUUUAACGUUGUACUGUCGUUCGGUUCUAACGAUUCUGAUUUUGUCACUUUUGUUCUUUUUUUUUUGCAAACCAUAAAUAUUGCUGCUACAAUCCUUCCUACAAAUGAGCGAAUCCAGGAUAUUUUGUUACUGUUCGUCACUCCACUCUGAUAAAUGGGGCACAGCAAAGGCUUCUUUAUCACACACUUCCUUAAUCUGCCUUAAGAUUGGUGACGGUUAUCCAUGCUAGAUUUCUUAUUUGAGAGUCAAGAACAAAAAAAAUGUAUGAACUGAACAAGAAGAAGAAAAUAAAUUACAAAAAAAAAAAUACAUUUUAUGUUGCCGUUACGCUUCACUUUCAAAUAAAAAAUACACUAUUCAUUAUUUUUAAUAAAAAAUGUGGCUAGAGAAUGUGUGAAACUAAAUUCAUGAAGCCUUAAGUUGCGCUCUUGGGAGGCUACCACGUUUAAAUAUCGGCGCUAUUAUAAUUAUUGAUGAGAUUUAAAUUCGUAAUAACAAAAAUACAUGAAUGCUCCAUAUAUUCCUCCAUAUAUUUCCUGAAGAAAAGACACUAAAGAAAGGAAAUCUACAGGUUACUGCAAGUGUAAAAUUGACCGGAACAGACGAGGAAACUUUAUGCUGUUUGUAUCUGGUGUUCAAAGUAAAAAUUAUAAACGGUAGGAGUCAGAGCUGUGAAGUAAAAGCCAUGUCGUAGGUACAGGUAGUGAUAGGUACUGACGUUAUUGUGCAGGUUCUUCGAAGAAGUCGAGAAGUUAUUUGUGUGACGCCGCAUAUUUUAAACGUCUGGACGAGAGGGAGAAGGUAGAAGCUGAAACAGAGUAAAACAAACUCUGUCUGUACUGUCGUUGGUCUGUUUGCUUGUGUCGAAUACCGUCGCUUAGUCUGUGUGUGUCGUGUGAUGAUAAGAUCUGUGUGUGUGUAUCUGUGAUUAAGAGUCAGGUAAGACAAGACAGAGGCAAGGGGAAAAAAAAAUAAAGGGCAUGAAGCUGAAACUGUGAUCGAUAGACUCAAUAAAACAUGAACAAGAGGACGGCCACUAUUGGAUGGGUACAAAAAAAACAACCCCACCCCGCCCCCGCAAGGUCAGAGCAGGGGUAUUUAUAUGUUCAUAAUGAAGUGAGAGGGAUCAGUGGUUUCGAUCUGUAAACUUGGGGGGGGGGGGGAAAAA